CGGGGCUGGGGGAAGCGGGCGGCCUGACCCACGUAGACAGCCUCCGUCCCGGGAGCACCGAGACCAGCCGGAGCACCGAGCACGGGAGGAAGAAGAAAAAAUGUCUCAAAAGCAGAUGAAGGAAGCUUUUGUUAGUAACCACAAUGGAACCAGCGUGCUGGAAAUUACCCAGGGCUUGUGCUUGCCUGUGCUCUGCAUCCUGUGCAGAGGGCUCCUGAUCAUUCUCUCACAGCACUUGUGGUCUUCACAUACCCGGAGAACUCGAUUCUUCAUUGACUUUGUUUUCCUAAUAGUUCCCAUGGUGACCACUUUGACCAUUUUGUCUUCCUUUGUAUACCUUGAGCACCUCACUGUAAUUAUCUUUGGGGCAGGGCUAUUCUAUCAAAUAUACUGCCGGAGAACUUGCUAUGCCAGAAUGCCUGUCCAGAAAAUACUUGAAAAAUUCUUAAAAAUUAGUCUAGAAUCAGAAUACAUUCCAGCCAUCUCCUGUUUCCGUGUAAUUAACAGUGCCUUUACUGCUGUUGCCAUUUUGGCUGUGGACUUCCCACUUUUCCCCAGAAGAUUAGCCAAAACUGAGCUCUAUGGGACAGGAGCAAUGGAUUUUGGAGUAGGAGGCUUUGUUUUUGGAACUGCAAUGGUUUGUCCAGAGAUUAGGAGAAAAUGUACAGAAGGGUCCAGAUUUGAUCAUUUUACAAAGUCAUUGUACUCUGUUUGGCCAUUAGUCUUCCUAGGAGUAGGAAGAUUAAUCGUUAUAAAAUCCAUAGGCUAUCAGGAACAUUUAACUGAGUAUGGAGUUCAUUGGAACUUUUUCUUUACCUUAAUAGUUGUGAAAUUGGUAACAUCACUGCUUUUGAUCUUUUUCCCCCCUCAUAAAUCCUGGAUUGUGGCCAUUGGCAUCACUGUAUUAUACCAGCUAGCCCUUGACUUGACCCCAUUGAAAAGGUUAAUUUUGUAUGGCACUGAUGGCAGUGGCACAAGGGUUGGUUUAUUAAAUGCCAACCGAGAGUGAAUAAUGUCUACCUUGGGUGUGACAGUACACAUGGCUGGUGUGCAAACAGGGUCAUAUGUGCUUAAAAAAAGAUCACAUAUCAAAGACUGGAUAAAAGUAGCAUAUUGUAUUCUACUGUUAGCUAUUAGCCUCUUUGUAUCUCUUUACAUAGUUCAGGUAAAUGUAGAAGCAGCAUCUAGAAGAAUGGCCAAUUUAGCCUUUUGUAUUUGGAUAGUUGCUUCUAGCUUGAUCCUUCUUAGUAGUUUAUUACUGGGUGAUAUAAUUUUGAGUUUUGCCAAAUUUCUAAUUCAAGGGGCUCUAGUACCCUGUUCUUGGAAACUUAUCCAGUCUCCUGCUACAAAUAAAAAGCAUUCAGAAUCUCUAGUCUCUGAAGCUGAAAGAAAGAAACCCAGUCUUUGUUUAAUCACAGCUAUAAACAGAAACCAGUUGAUUUUUUUCUUGCUGUCAAAUAUAACAACUGGCCUAAUCAACCUGUUGGUAGAUACAUUGCACAGCAGUACCCUGUGGGCCUUCUUUGUGCUCAAUCUUUAUAUGUUUAUCAACUGUUUAAUUAUAUAUAUGCUACACUUGCAAGAUAAGACUAUAAAAUUUUGGUGAUCAAUAGGGGUUGGAUGUGUGUGUGUGAUGAGGAAUUAAUGAGAAUAGUAAAUGUGAAGAAAAUGGGCUUUUGGCAAUCUAGUGUUAACUAUAUUUUAUUAUAAAAUUAAGAUUUUCAGUCCUUUUCUGUAACAGUAGUGAGGCUUAAUAUUUUAAUGUAUCUCUACACUAUGUAAAACAAACCAAUGGAGAAGAAACAAAGCCUUAUGGCUUGUUAGAAUGUUAA